AUGGAGUCCGUCGCAUCUAGCUCGAGCUCGCGCCUCACGACGCCUCCUCCCCGGGAGCUCCAGGGCCUGGACUUGACUCCUGAGCAGGUGAAGCGUAUCGAACUUAACCGUCUCAAAGCCAAGGCUAGGCAGCGUGAGCGCGAAGAGCAAGCGUCUUCUUCGUCUUUUACGAACAAGAAUGGCAAACGUCCACUCGGUGUCACCCCCGCCACGUCCACUUCACCCACCAAACCUGCGCCCAAGCUGAAGCGGGAUUCUCGUCUGGGGAAAUACUUCGAAUAUGACCUAUCCAAGAUGGUCAACUCGAAGGGUGGUUUCUUGGUUGAGGAUGGCAAAGAGGUAGACCAAGAUCUCCGCGCAAAGGAGAAGGAGCGGGAGCGACAGAGAGCGCAGCAGAACACUGAACCUGCUAUGUUCCUGGAUUCGAGCCUCAAUCCUCGCUGCCAGGAAUGCAAUUCAAUGGACAUUGAUCAGCAGUUCCGAAAGGUCUUUCAUUGUCUUGUUUGCAACAAAUGCAAGAAUGAGAAGCCCGAGAGAUACAGUCUACUCACGAAGACUGAAUGCAAGGAGGAUUAUCUUCUGACCGAUGGUAAGUGCCUGUUGGCCGCUGACUGCUUGACGACUGAGGCCAUCCUCGCAGCGGAACUCCGAGAUCAGGAGCUCAUGCCCCAUCUACUGAAAGCCAAUCCACACAAAUCGACAUUUGCGAACAUGAUGCUCUUCUUGAGAUACCAGGUUGAGGACUUCGCAUGGAAGAAGUGGGGCUCGCCGGAGGCUCUCGACGCUGAAUGGCAGCGGCGAGUGAACGAGAAGAAGAAAAAGAAGAACAAGAAGUUCGAGGAAGGUUUAAAGGAGUUGCGCCGUCGUACCCGAGAGACGGUGUGGCAAAAACGACAAGACCAGGAACACAAGCACAUGUUCGGAGGCGUAGAGAGGGGACCGAACGGCAUCGGUCAACAGAUAUGCCAUAGCUUCGAUUCACCAGAACACGAACAUAUCUCCGAGGCCUUGGAGGUCGAGCAGCUGGACGUGAACUUAUUCAGGUCGAGGACAUUGUACCUUCCGUUCAGAUCAAGGGGUGUGUUCGGUGGGCAAGUCAUCUCGCAAUCACUAGUGGCGGCCACCAGUUGUGUAGAUCCAUCAUACAGCUUACACUGCUACUUCCUUCUCGGUGCCUCCCCCGCCUUCCCUAUAGUCUACCAUGUCGACCGCGUUCGCGACGGACGCUCCUACGUCACUCGGAGCGUACGCGCUGUGCAGCGUGGGCGGGCCGUCUUCAUUAUGAUGUGUUCCUUCCAGAUCCCGGAGCCGCGGCAACCGACGUUCCAGUUCCCCAUGCCUCUCGGUGUCCCCCCGCCGGAUGCUUGUGAAAGCAUAGAAUCCCAUUACGAGAAGGCCUUCAGGGAAGAAACAGAUGAAAAGGUCAAGGAGGUCUGGCGCCUCAACUUGGAAGAGCGGAUGCGUAGCCCCAUCGAGGCCAAGAUCGCUGGGGUGCGAGAACCCACAGACGGAACACCUAUAUUCAUGUACUGGUACAAGGCGAGGAACACACCAAGGCGCUAUGAUCCCGCCUUCCAGAAGUGCAUCCUAAGUUAUAUCUCGGAUUCCCAGUUUAUGUCCGGCAUCCGUCGUACGCUUGCUAUCCUUCACCGCGGCUACGAUUCCGACGCGAAGGUCGUUAUGCAGGUAUGCGUCCACGUCCUUGGACAACUAGAUCCUGAUGACGACUUCGACUGUGGAGACUGGAUUUUGUAUGUGGUCAUCAGCGAACGAGCUGCUAGUGGGCGUGGGUCGGUACAUGGUCGGAUGUAUACCCCUAGUGGCACUCUCGUAGCAAUAUGCAAUCAGGAGGGUCUCAUGCGAGUCGACAUCCCGUCUUCCAAGCUCUAG